AUGGUUACUAUUAAUUAUGAGCCUCUAGAACAUUUACCUUAUCUUGAUGAAAGUAUAAGUCCAGAAGAAAGAGCUCAUGUUGAGCAACUUAUUAGAAUAGAAUUAGCUAAUCAAUUUGCCAAUCAAAAUCUUAAUAAUAUUAACUUUCAUCCUCAACAACCAUCUGUGGCGACUCAAUUACCAAAUGGUGUUAAUAAUACAAUAACAGGUUCUAGUGUUAUACAUCGAGAUUCAACACCAGUAGCCAUUGUACCUAUUGCAUCAGAUACCAAUAUUAUAACGAAUCAUGAUAAUCUUACUAGUACUCCAACAAUAGCAAUUGUUCCAUCAACUACUAAUAAUAAUGAAAUAAAUAAUCAUCUGGAUGAAUCUCAAGUAACACCUGCUAUUGGAGGUAGUAUUGUUAAUAAUGAUAUAAUUUCUCCUCUUCAUGAAUCUCAAGCAUUACAUCCAUUAGUUGAUCAAUUAUUACCCCUUUCAACUAAUAUUAAUAGAUUAAGUCCAAGUCCAUUAAUUAAUCAAGAAAUUGAACGUUAUGAACAAGAAAUGCAAGAUGAAGAUUUAGAUGAAGAUCUUGAAGAAGAAAAUGAAUUCCAUAUAAUUAAAAAUGGAAUAGAUUCAUCAAGAUAUUCUAAUCCUCAAACUACUGAUCAAUUAUAUACUUCAUUAUCAUACGGUCAACUUCAAGAAAGAAAUCUUCAAAUGUUAUUAAAUAAUUAUCAAGAUUUAUCACAUUUAAAUCAACAACAAUUGGAACAAUUACAAAGUUUACAACAAGAUUAUGUUAUUAAUGUUAAUUCUAAACGAGUUAAAAUUGAUGAUAUUAAUCAAAUUCGUAAAAAGCAACUGGUUGAUUAUAAACAAAUCGAUAACUAUUUGCAUGAUAAAUGGAAAGAUGGCAUUAAAAAUGUUGUUGAAUUAGGGGUUGAAGGUUCAAGAUUAGAAGAGAAUUUAUAA